AACUUCAUCAUCCAGUGCCAUGGGAGUUCGCAAUCAUUGCCGCAGUCUCAUUGCCCACGGAGCUAAGUUCAUGUGCGCCGGGGGUUCAAGCCCUACACAGCUUUCAUUGUUAUGACCACUUCGCCAGGAGAUGGCACGAAAUGAUGCGUGGUCACAGACAAUGUGAACAGCACAGCCUUCACCCAACAAGAUGUGUUUUGACAUUCGUUACAAUGCAAACAGAUGGCUCUUUAACAAAAAUUGGUAACUGUCAAAAACUGUCAACCCUAAUGUCCGUUACCUCAUGGCACGUUAGCAAUGCUAAUUUGAGUUUCAAAAGCACCGACGACGCGGAUUGGACCGUUUAUGGCCCCGAUGAUUAAGCCCCGACCAUUAGCCCCGAUCAAUUGGUCGUGUUAUUACCAGUGUAGUUAUGAGCAUAAACUCAGAAAUGCCAUACUAGAAGUCAUUCACAGAUCCCAGAUGAAUGACUUGUUCCAACCUUACUGUGUUGACAUGACAGAACUUUUACAGAAGUUACUGCAUUCAGAAAACGAGGAGAAUGGUGUCAUUUGUUUGAAGAUUCUGACAAGUUUGUUCAAGUCUUACAAGACGGUGUUGACAGACAAGGCGGAGCCAUUUAUCCAGUUGAUCAUUGAGAUGUACAAGAACAUGGAUCAGCUCAUCACUGAUACAUUUGUCACCAACCAGAGUGUACAUAACACACAGGGUUCAUUCAACUCACCAAGCUCUUCAUCUCCGUUGUUAUCACAGGAUGAGCCAAAACAGUUGGGGAAGGCUAUGUCAUCCUUUAAGACCAUUGCUGAGUGUCCCAUUACUAUGGUGACAUUGACAUCUUCUUAUAAACAAUUGGUGACGACUUCUCUCCCAGAGUUUAUUCCUCAUAUUAUCGAUAUCUUGAAGGCGGAGGUGCCACAACAAGCUGAGGCAAGAAGAUUGGCAGAGGAAAAGAAUGAAAGAUUUACCUCAGUGAGUCCUGCUAUUAAGAACAGAGUCGCGUAUGGAGAGUUCAUUCUAGGUCAAGUCAAAGCUGCUUCGUUCUUAGCGUACAUUUUCAUCCGUGGCUAUUCAACAACGUUACUCAAUGACUAUACUCAAAUCAUACCUGAUUUGAUCAUGAGAUUGCUCAUGGACUGUCCUAGUGAACUGUCUCAUGCCAGAAAGGAACUUCUCCAUGCAACAAGACAUAUUCUCACCACUCCUUACAGAACGUUGUUUAUUCCAAUGCUGGACUUGUUGUUCGAUGAAAUGGUGCUCAUUGGAGAUGGGUUAACUGCACAUGAGACCUUGCGUCCAUUGGCUUACAGCAUUGUCGCAGACUUCGUGCACAAUGUUAGAAACGAAUUGACAACAGACAAGAUUUUACAGACCAUUACCAUGUACUGCAACCAUCUUCAGGAUAGUACGUUGGCAUUGACCGUUCAAAUCAUGAGUGCAAAGUUACUGCUGAAUCUUGUGGAAAGAAUUAUGCGUAUGAGUUCAAAAGCCGAAGGAAGGGAACUGUUCAUGCUCAUUAUUGACGCAUUCACCAAAAGAUUUCAAGCUCUCAAUAGACAAUAUGACAACAUUAUGAAGCAUCAUCAUGAAAUUGAGGAAAAGAAGCAGAAGAAAGCCAUCUCCCAAAAGGAAGCUCUCAAGAAGGAUAACCUCCAGUCAUUUGAUGCUGAUGAUGAAAUCAAUGUAUAUCUUGAAAAUGUGAAGAAGCUUGCCUAUGCUAAUGCACAACCUAAGAAGGAUGCAGAUGACGAUGUGCAAAUGGAAGACCAGAACGAGCCUGCUGAUUCAGAAGAGGCUGUUUCUGCGGAGGAAACAAAGGACAACGAGGUUGAUAUCUUUGAUAUACAAAGGGAAGUUCCAAUUCUAAUUUCCCCAAAUUCUUCGAACGAUCCUUUGAAGGACGCCCGUUAUUUGUUCCGUACUCUACUUCAGUUCCUGAAAACAAUCAGUUAUGGUUUGAAGAACUUCAACCCAGCACCUCCUGUUGGCCACGACGAGAAUCUUCACCAAAAAUGGAAUGAUUUUGCUAGAGUGUUUUCAAAUGAAGAGGUCAACAUUCUCAGACAACUUUUCCGUGAAUGUAUAUCAGGUAUGAGAUUUUUUUCCACUGCUCAGAUUAAGCCAGUUAAGCCAAACAAAUCCAUGAUGGAGUUCACCGGUCCAUCUCUACCAGUAAGUUCAUCUAAGGAGGAGAAAGAUUUGAUGGAGAAUUUUGCUAUCAUCUUUAUCCAUAUUGAUGCUGCUACAUUCAAUGAAAUCGUUCAAGCUGAGGUCCGGUUUUUAUAUGAUGCUAUGUUGAGGGAUUCUGCCAUGCUCCACAUUCCACAAUUCUUUUUGGCCAACGAAAACACAUCUCCAAACUUUUCGGGCUUGUUGAUCUCAUUUUUGAAGAGUAAAUUGGAGGAACUUGGCUCUCCCGAUAUUGUGAAAACCAACAUAUUGAUACGUUUAUUCAAGUUAUGCUUCAUGUCAGUUAAUUUGUUUCCAGCACUGAACGAGAAAGUUAUCCUUCCUCACUUGAACGAUUUGAUCCUUACAUCUUUGAAGCUAACAACUACAUCCAAGGAGCCAAUUGCAUAUUUCCAUCUCAUACGAACAUUAUUCAGAUCAAUCGGCGGUGGGAGAUUUGAAAACCUUUACAAAGAGAUCAUGCCAUUACUACAAGUUCUUUUGGAAUCUCUGAAUAGAAUGAUCCUUAGUGCCCGUCGCCCACAAGAAACAGAUAUUUACGUUGAGCUUUGUCUUACUGUUCCUGUUCGUCUCAGUGUGUUGGUUCCACAUCUUAACUAUUUGAUGAGACCUUUAGUCUUGGCCUUAAACAGUAGCCAGGAAUUGGUCAGUCAAGGAUUGAGAACCCUUGAGCUCUGUGUUGACAAUCUAACUGCCGAGUACUUUGAUCCUAUCAUCGAGCCUGUCAUCAAUGAUGUAAUGAAAGCACUUUGGGGACACUUGAAACCAUUGCCAUAUCACCACCAACAUUCACACACAGCCUUCCGCAUUUUAGGUAAGUUGGGUGGAAGAAAUCGCCGUUUCAUUAAACCUCAUCAGGAUUUGGAGAUUAUUUCCAGUUUAGAUCAGGAGAUCAACGCCAAAUUCAAGAUCGAAGGGCUUGCAGACCCGGUUUCUUUGUCUGUAACAACAGGUAUUCCUCAUGCCAUUGACAUGUUGGAAAAUGGGUCAUUGGAUACUUCUUACAGAUUGAGUGCAUACAGAUAUAUCUCUAAGACAUUCAUGCUUUUCAUCUCUUCACAUCAACUCCCUGAAAAUUAUGGAUCCAAGUUGUCUGCUGCAGUUAGACUCAUUUCGGAAGAAAAGGUUGAAUAUGAAAAGUUUGAGGUUUUUGACGAAAUUAUCAUUUCGAAGCAGAAACUAAACCGUGAGCAAGAAUUAGCAUUGCGUCUUUUCAAGUCAAUUUUCUAUGCCACUUCAAUUCCUGAAUUGAAGGACGAGGUUAUCUCCUUGAUAAAAAACAUAUCUGAACACUUUACAUUAAUUGGUGUUGGUAAAGUACUCAUCGAGAAGGUAAAGAACCAAAGACCAUUCCUCGUUUCUGAUUAUGAGGGAAAAGUUGUUCUUUCUGAGCGUAUCAUGUUUGAUGCAAUUAUUUAUGCGCUGAGCUCGUAUCUGAUUGAUGUUAGACAAGCAGGUCUUGAUGCCAUCAAAACAAUAUUUGAUACUUCUGUUGUUGUGUUUGGAAGUAAAGAGAAGGCGUUGGAGUUCCCCGUUUUACGUUCCUUCUUCAAUGCUUUCGUGCAUUCGAGUUAUGAUGAAAAGUUCUAUAACAAAUUGGCCAGUACUUUUGGUUUGAAAAGUCUUGUGGAAGAUCAGGGAAUACCUAUCACAUGGUUCAAGAGUCGCCAGUUUGAACUCGUACACUCGAUGUUUUAUGUUUUGAGAGACACCAACCCGGAGGCACCAAGAGAAGUCUGCGAGAAUGCCAAAGGUUUAAUUUUAAAAGUCUUGGUGGAAUCAAACAAGGACACAACUGAAAAGGAAGUUCUUGAAAAACCUUUCCAGACCAUCAUAGGUGCUUUGGUUUAUGACCUAAGCAACGCAAAUCCUAUUGUGAGAGAGACCUCGCAAGAGGCAUUGAAAGUUCUUUCAAGUACAACUGGUGUUCCAAUAUCAACUAUGAUUGAGAAGUGCAAAAAUAUUCUUUUGACUCCAAUAUUUGGUAAACCGCUUAGGGCCUUACCUUUCCCAAUGCAGAUCGGAAACAUUGAUGCUAUUACGUUCUGCUUAGGGUUGGAGAACACAUUUUUGUCAUUUAACGACGAGUUGAAUAGAUUGUUAAUGGAGGCGUUGACUUUGGUGGAUGCUGAGGAUGAAUCUUUAACCAGUGCUCACAAGGUAUCAGAGCAUAGAACCUCAGAACAGUUGGUCAAACUUCGUGUUGUUUGUAUUAAACUUCUUUCACUUGCUCUUACGAAGCCUGAAUUCACGUCUAACCAGCAAGGUCAUACCAGAAUUAGAAUUUUGGCUGUUUUCUUCAAGACUCUUUGUGCAAAGUCAACUGAAAUCAUCAAUGCAUCUCACCAAGGCCUCGAACAAGUGCUCUCUCAAAAUGCAAAACUACCCAAGGAAUUGUUGCAGAAUGGAUUGCGUCCUAUGUUGAUGAACCUUUCUGAUCACAAGAAACUUACAGUUUCUGGAUUGGAGGCUUUGGCUCGUUUGUUGGAGUUGUUGAUAACAUACUUCAAGGUUGAGAUUGGACGCAAGUUACUUGAUCAUCUUAUGGCUUGGGCUCAACCUUCAGUGUUGAACUUUAUCUCUUCUCAAGAGCUCGAGCAUAAUUCUACAGUCAAGAUUAUUGUUGCGAUAUUGAACAUUUUCCAUCUCUUGCCUCCAAAAGCCUAUACGUUUAUGGAGGAGAUCAUUCGAACAUUGACUUACUUAGAGAGUCACCUGCGUCGUACACAAGAUUCUCCUUUCAGAGCACCUAUUGCGAAGUUUUUGAACCGCUUUCCAAAUGAGACUUAUCAGUAUUUCCUUCAACAUUUCCAUGUGAGACACAUGGGAACCAAAUUGGCUUACUUUGUGGCGUUGCCUGAGGAUGUUGAACUUAGAAACCAUAUAAAGGAAAACCUUGGUCAGUUUUACAAUAGUGUGGCCCAGGAAAGCCAACAUCAGAACAAAUGUAUCAAAUUUGCAAACUUUAUUGAUUUGAUUAAAAGUUUAGCCGAACGCGAUGAGAAUUGGCUAAACGAGAACAGAUCAGUGCUGCUUGACAUUUUCUCACUCUCACAAGAGAUCAUCUCUUUCGCAAAUGAUGCACCUCUGGUCUCCCCAAUCCAUUUGUAUGUUAAACAGGCGAUCGAAAAACUGCAAGUUCUCUUUGUUGCUUACUUCGAGAAGCAUUUAAUGGAGUCUGAUAUUGUUUUGGGAUUUAUAGAUCUGCUGUGCUCUAUUAACAUUCCUAUGUCAACUGCCUUGGAAGACUUCCUCUUCAACUGCAUUGUUAGAUCAGAGAAUACUCAAUUGAGACAAGAGUACUUGAACAAGUCGGUUUUAUUCGCCACUGAUAACAAGGGCCUCAAAUCGAGAAUAUUUGUUUUAAAACACAUUUUCAACUCGAUUAUAUUGUUCGAAGGAUUGAAAAACAACAACUUAGAUGCUUUGGCUGCGAGAAACGCUGGAUCCAAAAUCCCAACAUGGUUAGACCUAGUACACACCAAAAUUUGGAGAGCUUCAAAUGAGAUGGUGACGAAUCACAUUGCAGGGUCAAUUGAUAACCUCAGAUUUGAAUUCCUUCAACUGUCUGCGCUCUUGAUCAAAUUUGCACCAUCUCUGGUGGCUGACCUCCGUAAAGAUGUGAUCAAAUUCAGUUGGAAUCUGAUCAAGCUGGAGGACACAUUGACGAAACAAGCAGCAUACGUUGUUACUUCGUACUUCAUUUCAGUAUACGAUACACCAGUGAAGAUUGUUACCCAGGUGUUUGUGGCAUUGUUAAGAACUCAUACUGUUGAUUCAAGGUAUUUGGUAAGACAAGCUUUGGACUUGCUAGCCCCAGUUAUGCCAGAACGUAUGGGACCUAGUGGAUCAUCAACUGGUUGGAUUAAGUGGGUAAGACGUGUCUUGUCUGAGAACAACACUGUUCAGAACCUGACAGUAUACCAAUUCUUGAUCCACCAUGCUGAUAUUUUCUAUAAUGCCAGAGACCAUUUCAUUCCAAAUAUCAUAACCUAUAUGGGAAAGCUUACUGCAAUGUCAAACCCAGCAAUUGAGAAUCAGAACUUGGCAAUUGAAUUGGCAGACUUGAUUCUAAACUGGGAAAUCAAAGCCAAGGAGGACGCUUCAGCUGAGGAUAAGACAACUGGUGUUUCGUCUACGGACGCUACCAUAGCUGUUAAAGAUGAAGAUAAGACAACAGAGACUGAUGAUAGUGGAAAUGUGGGAGUCUUGAGUUCUGACAUUACUACACCAACAAGUUAUGCCGUUCCAUUUGCUCAACGUGAGGCUUGUAUUACUUUCCUAAUCAGGUUCAUUUGUAUAAGCUCUCAGAGGUCAUCGGAAAGUGAGUUAGGACAAAAGGCCCUACACAUUCUCUACAAGCUUCUGAGUCCUGGCUUUUGGUGCGAGGUUACUGUGAAAUUAGCAUUCUUUGAAAAGUUUUUGGUCCAAGCUGACUUCUCCAGUGCUAAUGUCUUAGGUUACUGCCUCAAUGCAUUGGAUGUGUUGGGAAUUGCACUUGAGGGAAAAACUUCCAUUUGGAUUGUUGAGAAUAUUGGGUUCUUACAAAAUCUUCUUGACAAGUGUUUGAGAUCCGAUAAUCAUGACAUUCAAGAGGGCUUGCAACGUGUACUGCGGACCAUUUUGAAGGCCAUUGUUGAACAGACUGGUUUCGAUGACAAGCUUCAAUCUGAUGAAGUUAAAGCGUUCUUGAAUCUCUUGAGUACAAUAGUAAGUGAGGACUUACAAAAUACCAAUUCUGUUGCUGCUGGUGUAACAUUAGCGUGGACUUUGGCUAAUCAUUAUCCGAAGGCUCUCGAUAAUCUCGUUCAAAGUCUCAUCCGGACGUUUGCGAAGAUUUGCAAAGAUCAUAUCACCAUAUCUCAGAGUGAACCAAACUCUUCUCAGGCCGAGUUCGAACAGAAGAUGACAACAAAACUUCUUGAGAAGAUUCUCUGCAUUUCUUCCAUGCGUAUUGGUACUUUGGGUGACCAACGCCGUAUUUUCCUCACGUUGCUUGCACAACUCAUCGACCGGUCAUUAGAUGUACGCCUUUUGAAAAAUAUCAUCAUACUUGUGAGAAGCUGGGUAUUCUCAACAACUGAUCUAUUUCCAACAACAAAGGAAAAAGCUGCAAUUCUUGUGAAGAUGCUAGUUUUCGAAUUGAGAGGGGAGCUCUCUCUUUCGAAGGAGUUCUAUCGUAUUAUAGUUGAUAUUUUCGAGGACAAAUCUCUGGCAUGCACUGAGUUAACUGUCAGAAUGGAACAACCUUUCUUGGUUGGUACAAGAUUGGCAGACUUUGAGAUACGCUCCCGCUUGAUGUCAAUUUUGAACGAUAGUCUUGAAAAGGAUAUCAACAAAAGGUUGCAUUAUGUGAUCAGAGAGCAAAAUUGGGAAUACUUGAGUGACUAUUUCUGGCUUAGCCAGGCUGUUGAAUUAUUAUAUGGCUCAUUUGAUAAAGACCAUAUUUUACAUCUUGAUGAUUCUUAUCAAUUUGCUUCGCUCAAUCAGAUCAAUAACAUCGUUGGUGACGCAAUUGAUGAACCAAGUGCUGAUCUAGAAAAACUUCUACACAACCACGAUUCUUUCUUGAAAUAUGCGUCAAAUAUAAAAUCCUCAGAUGUCAUUGGCCCGUUGUCAGAGCUUUUCUACAAGUCAUCGGAAAUUGCAAAUAAGACUUGGGUCAAUAUUUUCCCUGCUGCUUACAGCUCUAUUCAUCGUCGUGAAAAGCAGACCUUUAAAGAAGCCCUGGUAUCUCUUUUAUCAAAAGAUUAUCACUCUCGACAAGCUGAAGUUCGCCCUAAUGUUAUUCAGGGAUUACUCGAGGCAAUUUGCAAAUGUCCAGACUUGCAACUGCCACCGCACUUGAUUAAGUAUCUCGGAUUCAGUUUUGACGCUUGGUAUCCAGCGAUUAACAUCAUGGAAACGAUCGAUCAGGAGCCAUUGGUUGAAAAUACUCUUAUUUGCGAGUCAAAUCGGGAUGCGUUGAUUGAAAUGUACGCCUCCUUGCAGGAAGAUGAUAUGUUCUAUGGACAGUGGAGAAGAAGAGCCAAGUAUCUUGAAACCAAUGCUGCGUUGUCUUACGAGCAAAUUGGAUUAUGGGAUAAGGCUUUACAAUUGUAUGAGGCUGCACAAAUCAAGGCACGUAGUGGUGUUCUUCCUUAUGGCGAAUCAGAGUACUCACUUUGGGAAGACAAUUGGAUUCUUUGUGCAGAAAAGCUUCAACAUUGGGAUAUUCUAACCGAACUAGCUAAACAUGAAGGUUUCACAGACUUACUGUUGGAAUGUGGAUGGCGUGUUGCUGAUUGGACAGCAGACAAGGAACCGCUCGAACAAUCCGUGAAGACAGUUAUGGAUGUUCCAACACCACGUCGUCAAGUCUUUGAGACAUUCUUGACUCUUCAAGGUUACUCCCAACAAAAGGAGAAUCUACAAGAUCUAUCGAAACUGUGCGAUGAGGGUAUUCAGCUGGCCCUACGUAAGUGGCAUUCUCUCCCAAAGAGAUUCACCAAUGCCCACGUACCAUUGUUGCACACUCUACAACAGUAUGUUGAGUUUAUGGAGGCUUCCCAGGUAUAUGGCUCUCUUCUUACUACUAAUGCUCAGAAUCUUGACAACAAGUCUCAAGAGUUGAAGAGAAUUCUUCAGGCUUGGAGAGAACGUUUGCCAAACAUUUGGGAUGACAUCAAUAUCUGGAAUGACCUCAUCACGUGGCGUCAACAUGCCUUCAGUGUGAUCAACAAAGUAUACAUGCCAUUCAUUCCUUCAUUGCAACAAGCCAACGGUAACAACAAUAUCAACAGUUAUGCAUACAGAGGAUAUCAUGAAAUUGCUUGGGUUAUCAAUAGAUUUGCCCACGUUGCUCGCAAGCACAAUAUGCCAGAUGUCUGUAUUAGCCAAUUGACCAAGAUUUAUACUUUGCCAAAUAUUGAGAUCCAGGAAGCGUUCCUCAAGUUAAGGGAACAAGCCAAGUGUCAUUACCAGAAUCCAAAUGAGCUCAACACAGGUCUCGAUGUUAUCAGCAACACUAAUCUUGUUUACUUUGCAACUCAACAAAAGGCUGAAUUCUUUACAUUGAAGGGUAUGUUCUUAGCCAAGUUGAAGGCACAAGAUGAAGCAAACCAGGCAUUUGCUACUGCUGUUCAAAUCGACUUGAACUUGGCAAAGGCAUGGGCUGAAUGGGGUCACUUCAACGAUCACCGUUUGAAAGAAUCUCCGAAUGAGAUUGUUUAUGCGAACAACGCUAUCAGUUGUUUCUUACAGGCUGCUGGAUUGUACAAGAGUGCCAAGUCGAGAAAGUUGUUAUGUCGUGUCUUGUGGUUGGUCAGCUUGGACGACUCUACUGGUGCUUUAUCACAAGCUUUUGAGUCUUAUAGAGGCGAAGUCCCAGUUUGGUAUUGGAUCACUUUCAUUCCUCAAUUACUCACUUCAUUGUCACACAGAGAGGCCAAAUUGGUUCGUCAGGUGCUAAUUAGAAUCGCAAAAACUUACCCUCAAGCUCUUCACUUCCAAUUGAGAACUACAAAGGAAGAUUUUGCUGUUAUUCAAAGACAAGCGAUAGCUGUUGCCAAUCGUCAAGGCUCUGUAAACAGCAACAGUCAAUCGAGCCAAUCUGGGAACAAUGCCACCGCUUCACAAGGUCCUAAUGCUGGUGGAGCACUUCCAGGUAAUAAUGGAAUUCAAACGGCGUCAACUAGUAAUGGAAUACGCCAACCUUGGGAAUAUGUCGAAGAGAUCAUGGGUAUCCUCAAAACUGCCUAUCCUUUGUUGGCAUUGUCACUUGAGUCAUUGGUUGAUCAGAUUAACCACAGAUUCAAAUGCCAUGCAGACGAGGAUGCGUACAGACUGGUGAUUGCACUGUUGAACGAUGGUAUUCAGUAUCAGAGCCGUUUGCCAAAUCCAAGAGAAGAUGCCAAACUACCACCAACUACAGAGGCCAAUAUCACCAGAUUUGCAGAUACCGUAUUGCCUAAACAUAUCAGAUCAGAAUUUGACAAGGACUUUGUUGAGUCAAAACCUAACUUGGAGACCUAUAUCAGCAAGUUGAGAAGAUGGAGAGAUCGUCUUGAAGAUAAAUUGGACCGCAGAUUUUCCAGCGUUAAUCUUGAAAGUGUUUGUCCACAUCUCAGUGAAUUCCAUCAUCAAAAGUUUGAAGAUAUCGAGAUUCCAGGCCAAUAUUUGUUGAACAAGGACAAUAACCAACAUUUCAUCAAAAUCGAGCGUUUCUUACCAACAUUGGACCUUGUGAGAGGAACACAUGCCUGUUACAAACGCAUCAAGAUUCGUGGCCAUGACGGUAGCUUGCACAAGUUUGCUGUUCAGUUCCCUGCUGCUCGUCAUUGCAGACGCGAGGAGAGAAUAUUCCAGCUAUACCGUAUCUUCAACGGUGCGUUGUCAAAGAAAGUCCAAACGCGCCGUCGUCACAUUCAACUAUCCUUACCAAUAGCUGUUCCUCUUUCGCCUCAUAUCAGAAUAAUGACCGACACUGAGGACUCGAUUUCUCUACAGGAAAUUUAUGAGGAUUACUGCAAGAAGAUGAACGUUAGCCGUGACCAACCGAUGAUCUUUUAUAAUGAGAAGAUGAGGGACGCUGUUGAUCCACAUUUGCCUAAGCCAGAUAUCAUGAGUAUUAGGGUCGAAAUAUUGAGUUCCAUCCAGUCGUUAAUUGUUCCAAACAGUUUGAUGAAGAACUAUUUCGCCACUUUAUACACCCAAUUUGAAGACUUCUGGCUUUUCCGCAAACAGUUCACUUCCCAAUACGCAUCUUUCAUGUUUAUGACGUAUAUGAUGAGCAUCAACAAUCGCCAGCCACACAAGAUUAGCAUCAAUCAGAGAUCCGGUGCUGUUCUAACCUAUGAGAUGUUGCCAUCAAAACUUGCAAGUUCAAAGACCAACAGUAAUCUGUUUGCCAACACUGGAUUGGACAUCGAUGCACAACGCGCAGCACCUAUCUUCUUCAACCCAGAGAGUGUUCCAUUCAGAUUGACACCGAAUAUUCAAACGUUGAUUGGAGAAGCUGGGCUGGAAGGAAUACUAUCUGUUCAUAUGUUGUGCAUUGCAAAGGCUCUGACCGAGCCGGAACCAGAACUUGAGACGUACCUACCUCUAUUUGUCCGUGACGAGACCAUAUCGUGGUUCACACAGCAACAUCGCCCAUCAGCAGAUGAGCCUCAACUUCGUGAGAUUGUUCGUGUUAACGUUGAUCUUAUCAUAAAGAAGGUUCAGCAGUUGUGUAUCAACAACAACGCCAAUUCUGUCACCACUCAACACGUUUUGGAUCAAAUCCAACAAGCUGUUAAUCCAAAGCAUUUGGCUGCUUUGGAUCCAUUAUGGAUGGCUUAUCUCUAACACUCUUAUUAUAUGUUAUUUCUAAGUGAUAAUUAUGUUUAUUUUUUUCAUUGCUAG